GAUGCGACUUAGUCGAAUGGCAGCCCGCGCCAUGAACAGCUGCAUGAUUAUCCGCUCCGUAACGUAUUCUCCGCCGUCUCUGGCGGCGAACUACAGGUGCUGCUGUACGGAGCUCCAAUUCAGGACACGGCGGUUUCAAAGACACCUAAAUUUGCACUCUCGAGUUUCACUUCCCCGUUGCAAACCUUAUUCUCUUGGACAUGAUAGGGUUCGGAGCUACUCGUUCCAAAGCCUAUUUGAAACCGUCAUGGAAGAGCUCCAAUCGAUGGGCAAACAAUGGAAAAUUCCUGCUUCUACCGAAUUGGGAUUAACAAGCACUGCUGAGCUUUUUGAAGACAAAGUAGAAAAGCUAACAAUACGAAGGGGAUUGCUGCUGGAGUUCAAGAAAGACUCUGAAAGGGUAUUGCUAGCAGUUGCUCUCCGACGUGAUGGGAAAAAGAAUUGGAUGGUCUUCGAUCAGAACGGUGUAACAACCUCAAUUAAACCACAACAAGUUACUUUUAUUGUUCCUGGUAUUGAGGACUUUGACCCCAUGGGCAUAUCAAACUUUGUCCAGAAAGCGUGUGAUAACCUGGAUCCAGCACUACUUGAGUUUGCUUGGAACGAGCUUCUUGAGAAUAAUAAAUCUGUCACGGUGGAGGACUUGGCUGAGAUGAUUUUUGGUAGUGCGGAACCUCUUGAGAGCUAUUGUGCCCACCUGCUGUUAUCUAGAGAUGACAUAUACUUCACAUUGAUGGGGUCUAACUCUAAAUGUUCUCAUUCUAUUUAUGGACCUCGACCGCCUAGGCAGGUAGAUGAACUUUUACAAAGGAAGCUUGCUAGAGAGGCUGAUCAGAAGGAAAUUGAGGAGUUUGUCCAGUUGCUAAAAUCUAUAAAAGAGAGGCCUCCGCAUGCUAAACCUCCAAAGUCUGUGUGGAAGAGUGAAAUGAAAAAUUGGCUCAGAAUUCAGUCUCUUGAAGAAUUUGCUAUUGAUAAUUGUAUCAAUGAUGAACGAAAGAAAAUGGCUGGGGCGAUCCUGAAGGCCAUGGGCAUGGCAAAAACAGCUUCGGCAGCAGUUACUCUUCUUAUGGAUAUUGGAUAUUUCCCUUUGCAUAUCAAUCUUGAUUUGCUAAAACUUAACCUUCCUACUGAUCAUCCAAAUGAUAUUGUAUUGGCUGCGGAUAGUGUUUUAUUAGAACCAACUGACAUGGAUGAGGGUGAUAGAAUAGAUCUGACUCACUUGAAGGUUUAUGCAAUAGAUGUUGAUGAAGCGGAUGAGCUUGAUGAUGCAUUGAGCGCAACAAGGCUGGAGGAUGGCCGGAUACGAGUGUGGAUACAUGUUGCAGAUCCAACUAGUUUAGUUCAGCCAGGGAGCAUAAUAGACAAAGAAGCGAGGAGAAGAGGAACUUCCAUAUUCCUGCCAACUGCUACUUAUCCAAUGUUUCCUGAGAGGCUGGCCAUGCAAGGCAUGAGUCUUAAGCAAGGGAAACAGUGCAAAGCUGUUACUGUAUCCGUUAUUCUGGAUUCUGAUGGAAGCAUUGCAGAAUAUUCUGUGGAAAAUUCUAUCAUUUCACCAACAUAUAUGCUCACAUAUGAGAGUGCAUCUGAACUUCUUUAUUUGAACUUGGAAGAGGAGAUAGAGUUAAGGAUUCUUGCUGAGGCAGCUACUCUUCGGUUUAAGUGGCGACAAAAACAGGGUGCAAUAGACACGUGUACCUUAGAAACACGAAUAAAGGUGACGAAUCCCAAUGAUCCAGAGCCGUCAAUGAAACUUUAUGUUAGCAAUCAGUCCGAUCCUGCUAUGCGACUCGUUUCUGAGAUGAUGAUACUUUGCGGAGAAGUUAUAGCCACUUAUGGCUCUUACAAUUUGAUACCUUUGCCCUAUAGAGGACAGCCCCAAUCAAAUAUUGAUAAAUCUGCAUUUGCACAUCUUCCUGAAGGGCCCGUUAGAAGUUCUGCUAUUUUUCGAAUCAUGCAUUCAGCUGAAAUGGAUUUCAGGAAGCCAAUACGUCAUGGGGCAUUGGGAAUUCCUGGAUAUGUUCAAUUUACAUCGCCUAUACGUAGAUAUAUGGAUCUUCUUGCUCAUUAUCAGGUGAAAGCAUUUAUUAGAGGUGAAUCUCUUCCAUUCUCAGCGGGAGAGUUAGAAGGGAUGGCAUCUAUGAUUAACAUGAAAACCAGACUUGUAAGGAGGCUCUGCAACAGCAGUCUUCGUUAUUGGGUAUUGGAGUACCUGAGAAGGCAAUCUAAAGAUACUAGGUUUCGUGCUGUUGUCCUCAAAUUCAUCAAAGACAGGAAUGCAUCAAUACUUUUGUUGGAGGUAGGAAUACAAGCAUCGGUUUGGGUGUCUAUUGGCAAACAGAUUGGGGACGAAGUGGAAGUUCAAGUUGAAGAAGCACAUCCGCGUGAUGAUAUUCUCUCUCUUAAAGAGGUUCCAGCUGCUGAAUGACAGUGUCAUUCCCAAUAUUGAUUGCCCUCAGAGAUACAGCCCCAAAAAGUCUAUCGAAGGGCUGACUACUAAAUUGAACAAGGUUUAAGAAAUGGCUUUCAAUGUGUAGCCUUUGCUUAUUGACCUCAAACAGCUAUGGUGGCUGUCAUUAAGAAGCGGAUAUGAGGAGGCGGAUGCCACCCACCCCCGACGUUGGGUUCUUCACCAAUCGUGUCGGUCUUCUUGUAGGGGUGGGGGGGGUGGGGGUGGGGGGGCAUUGAUAGAGUUCAUUUGCUAGCAUUGGCCUGGCCUCCAUCCCCAGGAAUGAGGAAACCUUAUCUAUUUAAGUGUGACUUGUAUUAAAUGUUUUCUAUUCUGACGCAAAACUUUUAUUUCACCGUGAAAGCUGGUUCCAUAAUUCAACUUAUAACGGUGAUGAAAUGGGAAAUUCUUUCUUACAAAUUGUAGGUGCGGAAAUACUGUACAUUCACAAGAAAUUAAUGGACAAUUC